AUGUUUAUUGUAGGACUCACUGGUGGCUUAGCUACAGGAAAAAGUACAGUACUCUCCAUAUUUCGUGACAACGAUGUAGCGGUAAUAGAUGCCGAUGAAGUUGCAAGAAAAGUUUUAGAACCAGGGACAAAAGCAUGGAAAGAGUUGCGACAAUAUUUUGGAGAGGAGCUUCUUCACCCUGAUGUUGUUUGUGAGGAUCACCAACAGCUUGAGAGAUUAUGUAAACGUAAUGACCUUUCUGAAGUAGUUGCUAAAAAGCGUAUAAGCUGUCAAAUGCCACUUGAGCAAAAAGUAGCAAGAUCUCAUUUUGUCAUUGACAAUUCUGGGGAUAUUGCAAGCACCGUGCAUCAAACGGAAUGUGUAAUAAGAUUGCUUAGAAGAUCAAAAUUUACGUGGUAUUUUCGAGUAAUUAUCUUGAUUGCUUGUUUAUCAAUGGCAUUUGGUGCGGCACAUAUAAUCAGUAAUUUUGUUAGUAAUAAGACUUAA